UUUUUUUUUGUUUUUAUGUUUUAUUAGUUGAUGGUUAGUUUGUGAUGAGUUGAUGAUCACAUUCUCUUUUCUUUUUUCUGGGUAUUAGUUUAUACAUGUUAUGCUAUGUAUUUUUUUUUUUCAAUUAUGUUUAUGGUAUGAACUUUUGGGGACUUCUUGUUGCUUUUAUUAGACAUUUAUGAACUUCAUUGUUUUUUGUUUUAUUUAAUUAAGUGUAUGUAAUUAAUAUUUUGAUGAUCAGUUAUUGUUCUGUUUAUUUCUGGUUACUAAUGUUUAUAGAUUUCUCCAAUUUUUAUUAAUUAAAAUUUGGGUCUUUAGUUUAAUAAAUGCAUGGACUUGUUUUUUGAUUCAUAUGAGUCACGAAGAAGACAGUACAAAGUAGAAAGAAGGGGGAUGAAUUCGAACAUGUGACUUAUCGUUCACAACACCUUAGUCUUAGCUACUAGGCUAAGACAUCCUUGGUAAAUGCAUGGACUUUUGAUAGAAGUCCCUUUUCUGAAGAAAUAUAAUAAAUGAAACUGAAUCCUAGAGAAGUUGAGAAACUAGCACUUCAUAAUGCUGGUUUCCUUGCACAAAAGCGUCUUGCUAGUGGACUCAGGCUCAAUUAUACGGAAGCUGUGGCUCUCAUUGCAACUCAGAUAUUGAGUUUUGUUCGUGUUGGAAACAAGGGUGUGGCAGAACUGAUGGACAUCGGGAAGCAGCUUCUUGGAAGGCGACAGGUCCUUCCAGCUGUUGCCCACCUUUUACAUACUGUCCAGGUUGAAGGGACCUUCCCAGACGGCACAAAGUUGAUCACAGUUCAUGAUCCUAUUGCUAGUGAAAAUGGAAAUUUAGAGUUAGCUCUUGAUGGUUCCUUUCUUCCAGUUCCAUCAUUGGAAAAAUUCCUAGAGAUGGAAGAUGAUAUCAUCCCUGGUGAGUUGAGGCCCAGAGCUGGAGAAAUUUCCCUGAAUAAUGGAAGGAGAGCUGUAAUUCUCAAAGUUGUCAACAACGGAGAUAGACCAGUUCAGGUUGGCAGUCACUAUCAUUUCAUUGAGGUGAAUCCUGCAUUAAUAUUUGAUAGAACCAAAGCUUAUGGCAUGCGAUUGAAUAUACCUGCCGGAACAGCAACUCGGUUUGAGCCAGGGGAUCCGAAAAGCGUCACACUUGUAAGUAUUGGAGGCAGGAGAUGCAUCAGAGGAGGGAACAACAUUGCUGAUGGUCCUGUUGAGGAUGCCAAUAUUAAAACAAUAAUGGAGACCAUACAUGCUAGAGGAUUUGCGCACUUAGAAGAAGAAAAUUCCAGUAGUGGAGUCACGGGAGAAGAUUCAAAAUUCACUAGAACUAUGACACAUGAGACUUAUUCAAACAUGUAUGGCCCUACAACUGGUGAUAAAAUUCGGCUUGGUGACACUGACUUGUUUGCAGAAAUAGAAAGGGACCUUGCAGUUUACGGUGAUGAAUGUGUUUUUGGAGGUGGAAAAGUUUUAAGGGAUGGAAUGGGCCAGUCUUCUGGGUACCCAGCAGCUGUCUGUCUGGAUACUGUUAUUACUAAUGCCAUGAUCAUUGAUUACACUGGAAUCUUUAAGGCAGAUAUCGGUAUUAAGGGAGGCCUCAUCGCUGGCCUUGGAAAAUCAGGAAAUCCAGAUAUAAUGGAUGGUGUGUCAGCAAACAUGAUCAUCGGGGUCAAUACUGAGGUGAUUGCUGGAGAAGGAAUGAUUGUUACUGCUGGGGCUAUAGACUGCCACGUGCACUUUAUAUGUCCUCAAUUGGCUUACGAAGCAAUAUCCAGUGGCAUUACUACUUUGGUGGGCGGUGGAACUGGACCAGCUGAUGGAACACGUGCAACUACCUGCACACCCGCACCUUCACAAAUGAAAUUAAUGUUGCAAGCGACGGAUAACCUACCAUUGAACUUCGGUUUCACUGGAAAGGGAAAUAGUUCUAAGCCAGAAGGACUUCCUGAAAUAAUAGCUGCUGGAGCAAUGGGACUGAAACUCCACGAGGACUGGGGAACUACUCCUGCUGCAAUAGAUAAUUGCCUUAAUGUUGCAGAAGAAUAUGAUGUUCAGGUCAAUAUUCACACUGACACAUUGAACGAAUCUGGAUUUGUAGAACAUACAAUUGAUGCAUUUAAAGGAAGAACAAUUCAUACUUACCACAGUGAAGGUGCAGGUGGUGGUCAUGCGCCUGAUAUAAUCAGAGUCUGUGGUGUUAGAAACGUUCUUCCAUCUUCAACUAAUCCUACAAAACCUUUCACUUCAAAUACAGUAGAUGAGCACCUUGACAUGCUGAUGGUCUGCCAUCACCUCGACAAAAACAUACCAGAAGAUGUGGCUUUUGCUGAAUCACGAAUUCGUGCUGAAACUAUAGCUGCAGAAGACAUUCUGCAUGAUAUUGGUGCCAUUAGUAUCAUAUCUUCUGACUCCCAAGCUAUGGGUCGCAUUGGAGAGGUUAUAUGUAGGACUUGGCAAACUGCACACAAGAUGAAGGUACAGAGAGGGCCAUUGGGGUCAAGUGAUGCUGAUAAUGACAACUUCAGAAUCAAACGUUACAUAGCAAAAUACACAAUUAAUCCGGCCAUAGCUAAUGGAUUUUCUAAGUAUGUUGGAUCAGUCGAGGUUGGGAAGUUGGCUGAUCUUGUUCUGUGGAAUCCUGCUUUCUUCGGCGCAAAACCAGAAAUUAUAAUCAAGGGAGGUGACAUUGCAUGGGCUAAUAUGGGUGAUGCUAAUGCUAGCAUACCAACACCAGAGCCGGUGAUAAUGAGGCCGAUGUUUGGAGCUUUUGGAAAAGCUGGAAGUGCUAACUCGAUCGCUUUUGUCAGCAAGGCUGCUCUAGAAAAGGGCGUGAAAGAACAAUACGGGCUUAAUAAGAGGGUGGAAGCUGUGGGUGGCGUAAGAAGUGUUACCAAAGAAGACAUGAAACUUAAUAAUUCGCUGCCAAAGAUCACAGUCGACCCUGAUACGUAUACAGUUACUGCUGAUGGCGAGGUUCUUACUUGUUCUCCAGCUUCAGCUAUUCCAUUGUCCCGAAAUUACUUCUUGUUUUAGGCUAUGACCGGUUGAGAACUCGUAAACAUAUCAAAGUCAUUAUGCAAAACACAGAGCUUUAGAGAAAUGGAGAAGUUCUUUGUGCUUCCACACAAAUAAAGGGGUCGGGUUGAGGAGGAACAAUAAAAAUCUGUCCCGGGACUGAUUAAACGACCUACUCUCAUGGAUAUUUUAGUAAAAUCAAUAGCGAAAAGUUUGAUAUCAAGCUGUUUUAGCUAAUGAUUUAACCAAAAUGCAAAUGAGACUAGUAGGGUGGUUCUUUGUUUACCCUUUUUUUUGGCAAAAUUUGUUAUUGUAUGGUGGAUGGUUGAGGGGAGAAAGAGGGAAUAACCUCUUUAAAUAAGCAAACAAGCUUGCAGAUAGUAUUGCUAAGAAUGCAAAGGGGAAAACGGAAGGUUUAACAUCUUGUGUAUUUUGAGCACCCCUCCCCCGGUUUGUAUUAAAUUAUAUGAACUUGAUAGACUAAAUGUUUUAGCUAGCUACCUUAUCGGACCCGAUGGCGCAUAACCAUUCGCCAUAGUAGGGGCAUGGCUGGCUACAAUAACCAUCAAAGGGAUGUAGUAAACUUUAGUAGUAUUGAAUAGUAUUGCUCCUUUAUUCAAAAAAAAAAAAAAGCAUAUAAGAAGUCAUACAUACACUAACCUCUUGUUGUAUGUUUGGAAGCUUAGUUUAAUUAUCACAUUUGUUGUGAAUGUACAACUUUUUUGUGAAGAGGGGAUUAGGACUUGAGAGUAUGUUUGAUCAUAUAUCUUCUUGAAAUAUGUUUGAUGUAUAUCUUUUUUAUGAGGGAAAUAUUAAGUCUAUUGAUUACAAGCCCAAA